AUGGAAGUGAAUGGUGAACCAGAUGUAGCUGGUAUUUUCAGCGCGGCUUUAAUGCCAUUGAAAGAUAUGAAAGAUGCAGAUAUUUUGAACCAGUAUGAAAUGAACAUGGCUGAUGGAAAUAUAACACCUGACGUUCUAGAACAUUUAUCUCAAAGAACUACACAGAACCAUAGAGAUGGUAUAUUUGGUGAAGAGUUUAGAAAGAAAGUUAGGGAGAGCGAAGGAAGAGAACCUAUUGUACAUGACCUUGCAAACGAAAGUUUACAAAAUGUCAUAAAAACUUACUUUGCAGACAAUGAACCGAGAAGGGAUGAAUAUUUAAGAAAACUCAAAUGGACAGUACCAAAUGAAAUGUUAGUAUUGAAAAACAUGUUCCUUGACAAAAUAAAACCAACUACAGAAAUAAACGACGCAAGACUGAAAGAUUGGGUAAAAGCUUUCCCAUUCACAAAAGAUAUUGUUGGUAACAUGGAAAGAAAACCAGAAUGGCUACAAAAACAUAUAUUUGGAAACGAGCUUAUUCCAUAUGGACAGGCUCUGUUUGAAGAGCUUGAACCAGAAACUCAGGACAGAGUCAUGCAAACAAUAAGCGACGACUCAAAUACAAACUAUGACAAAAUCUUUCUAGGAUAUAGGUUACCUGAGAUGGGCGACCAGAGCCCAAAGGCAAAAAGGACAUGGGAAAUUUACAACAUACUAGGUGAACAUGAGGCAAAGAUGCAACAACUUCAAGCAGAGGGCAAUGAAGGAAAAAGAAGAGUUAAAAACUCAGUCAGGAAGAAAGUAAAGCUUGGUCCACGUGGGUUCUAUUAUGACAUAUAA